UAUUUUGUAUACCUCAUCAUAAGUCGUAUAAUAAGCAUACAAAGAGUCUAUUCCAUGAUACAUUAAUUAACGCACCUAACCUAAUCAUAUUACCGGAAUCAUUCUAUUCUUCAUUCUACCACAUAUCCACUCAGUACACUGAGUUCUUUAGUAUGAACAAAAGUUCUUGUGAAAAUGAUCUUCAGCGGUGAAAAGACUGUCUAUUUGCUGACCAUUCUGGUCGUUGCAUUGUCAUCAAAAUGUAAUGGUUCGAAUACGUGCAAAGGUUGUACAGAUUUGGACGAACUAACAUUUGAAAAAUUGUUGAAACGCUUCCAAGUUACGAUUGUUAAGUUUGACAUCGCUUAUCCAUACGGUGACCAACAUGAAGCAUACAGUCGGUUCGCAGAAGAUGUCUACCAUGUCGAUGACCUAUUAGUAGCUGCGGUAGGAAUCAAAGACUAUGGUGACAUGGACAAUAAAAAUCUGAGUCGUCGGUUUAAUGUACCUGAAAAAUUGCCAAGCAUAAAAUUGUUCCCAAACGGAGAUGUGACUAAGUGGCUCGAUUAUUCCGAAGACGCCGAAAUUAAGACGGAAGAACUAAAACAAUUCGUUCGCCGGCAUUCAUCGAUUUACAUUGGAUUGAGCGGUUGUAUCAGAGAAUUCGAUGAAAUUGCAAGUGAAUUUGUGAAUCAUUACAGCACGAAAGCGUAUGAUUUGGCAGUGGAAAAGGCGAACAAAUUGAUUGAUGGUUAUGAUGACGAGAAAUUGAAAACCACCGGUAAAAUUUACACAAUCCUAAUGAAACGUGUAGUAGAAGUGGGAUUGCAUUAUGUUGAAGAGGAACGGCUUCGUACGGUUGAAAUGUUGGGCAAAAAAAUCAGUGCGGCUAAGAAGCAAGAAAUGUUGGAUCGUUUGAAUAUUUUGAAAGCAUUUGAAACUGCCGACAAAUGGGUAAAGACUGAACUUUGAGUAAAACCGCCUUUUGGUUACGGAAAUAAAAGCAAUUCGUUUCCUUAACAAUGUA